AUGUCUCGCUCAUUCCGAACAACACGAAGACGUUCAUCCGUGUUAGAGGAUGACGUAACAAAAACACUGCUGGCAGCUAAAACACCAACCCCAAUUUCAAAACGCCGUGGAUCAGCCGUUUCGAUAGAAAGUCUCCAACCGUCUUCUCGUCGUAAUUCUAUAAUAAUGAUAGAUACUCCGAUACUAGCCACUGACUUUACAAACGGACAACACAAAGUACUAGAACUAACAGACACUUGCGAAUUUAUCAGCGAUUUUCCGGCUGUGCUCAGUCUACCAAGUCCUCCAAAAAGUCCCGACUCUGAAAACGACGAGGACAUUGGCACAUUAUCACAACACGCUCAUCAGCGAUCAUUAUCCGUAUCCUCAGAGAAUCCAAUACCGUCAAUUGGUAAACCCACGCAAAAGUUCGAUUACCAUUACGCAUACAAGCAAAAGUCAAAAAUGUCAACGAGAAAGUUGGAAAGUUUCUUUGGAGAGAAACCACCUCUCGAUAUCUGUAUGAAAGAGAUUGAAAAAGAAGGCCUAAAGGCAAUGCUAAAUUCUAAAAUACCUUUGUGUUAUUUCAUGUAUUCUUUAUUGGAAGAAUAUUCGGCAGAGAACUUGUUCUUCUUACUCGAAGUGGAACAAUAUGAAUCAUUCGACUAUCAAUGUUCCAACCAACAAUUCGCAACAGCACAACACAUCUUUAUAACCUACCUUACGCCAAACUCACAAUUCGAAGUCAAUGUAGACGACAAAAGAGCUGUAUUGGCGCUACUCGAAGUUAGCUUUGCCCAAUUCAUGAGAAGUAAUACGGCUGACAUGAUGAGAAGAGAUAUAGGCGAGGCAACAACCCACUAUUCACCAGAAGCCAGAGACAACGCAAUCCUUCUCCUCCUUCGCUUUCUCAGCCGACAGUCGUCUCCCUCUUCGUCUCAUGCAGCAAGUUCUGUCCCUACACCGGCAUCUUCUGCUCCAUCUUCUCCAAUCACUUCACCAACCGUCGCCAUCUCUCAACAUCGACAUCAGCUGGUGCGAACAAUGGUGUACGAGUUUGUUCGUGCGUUACUAGAUAUUGAUGUCGAAGCUUACUUUUCUGAAGGAACAAGAUAUCGGCACAGUGAUCGAGGUGAAUCAAAAGGAAACUCUGUUGACAUGGGGACGUGUGAAGAGGACAUGGAACCAUUUGGUGAAAAUGGAGUUUGGUGUGCCGGCGCAAACGUGAAGCAUAGAAAAAGUGUCAAGGAAUUGAAUCCAUUUAAAAAAGGACAUUAUCGAAGCGGGUAUGGGCGGAAGUAA